AUGCCUCCUUCUGACCCCCUUGACGAUGUGCGGCCGAUGUUUGAGCUGCGCGGUCGCAAUUACAUCGUGACCGGUGGAGCGCAGGGCAUUGGAUUUGCUUGCACUCGCGCCAUCUGUGAGAUGGGCGGUAAUGUCGCGGUGCUUGAUAUCCAGGAGAAGCCAGUUGAAGAGUUUGGCACUUUGACCGCAAAGUUCUCUACAAAGGCUAUCUACAUCCAGACCGACGUCACAUCUCAGGAGAGUAUCAAGGCUGCCUUUGAUAAGGCGUUGAGUGAGUUUGGCACCAUCGACGGGUGCGUGCCAGCUGCUGGUAUCGCCAUUGAUAAGCCGUUCCUUGAGCAAACUUGGGAUGAGUUCAAUCGCAUUCAAGAAAUCAACGUUCGCGGAACUUUCUUCGUAGCUCAGCUCGUGGCAGCGCAAAUGGUGAAGCAGGGCACUGGAGGUAGUAUGGUCCUCCUGGCCUCUCAGUCUGCGCACAUCGGUCUGCCUGGCUACCGUAUGGCGGCAUAUAACGCCUCAAAGGGAGCGGUGUUCAUGCUGUCUAAGGCGUUGGCUGUUGAGUUGGCACCCCACCAGAUUCGCGUCAACACCAUCUCCCCUGGGUUUGUCGACUCGGAAAUGACGCGCAAGGUACGAGAGCUGAAAAGCAAGCGAGAAGGAGAGCAGAUGUGGCUGGCGCCUCCAAACCAGCGUUUGAGCACGCAAAAUGACUUGACGGGCGCUGUGAUCUAUCUUCUCAGUGAUGCCGCGAGACACACCACAGCAACUGAUAUUGCUAUCACUGGUGGCUUGCACGCGGGAACCAUAGAUGGGCUGAUCAGCUACGAGACCAAGCAGUAA